AUGUUGUUCUCAAGAGCAUUGCUCAGACUCCCUCUUCGAGUAGCGCCUACCCUCAGAGGCACAACACUACCUCAGUCGUCGUUCCUUGUACCAAAACAACGCCCUCUCCCCUUGUUCUAUUGUUCUUCCACAAAGAACACACCAACAACCAUCGACAACCACAACAAGCUAUCCAACAUAACUACUGUAACAUUGAUCACCAACAAGUCGAGCGUAGAUGAUGUCUGUCAGUGGGCCGCCGACAUCCCAACAAUCGAGCAAUCAGACAUUGCCACCUUGAAGCAGAAUAGAGUUAAUGGUGCAGCACUGUUGACUCUGACCAAGGAGGAGCUAUUGAAGCUCAACUUCCCUCUUGGUGCUGCAAGCAAUCUGAUGAUCGCAAUCGACAAGCUCAAAGUACCAGUCAAGAAGGCUCUUGAUGCCAGCAAGUUGCAGGACCCGCUGCUCCCUGCCCGUGAUGAUCCAAGAUGGGCAUGUCUUCACGAUCUCAAGAUAGAGAUGGUGAAUGAUGCCAAAGGCCAACUAGUUCCAUGUCUCAAGAAGUUGAAGGACAAGAUUGGUCAGUUCAUAGAGUUGCCGAAUCUUGGUGGCGCGGACGGGCUUCUACCAAAGAAGCUCGACGAGAACAAGAUCAAGUCGUUCCUCAUGACCCAAGAGAGAUAUGACUUGGUUGUGAGGUUCGCCACAAUGAUCAACCUUGGCCAAGUCAACAUCACCAACUCUAGUCCACAGAGUGGCCUCAUCCUCUCAGGACCCAAUGGAGUUGGUAAGACUUUUGAAUCGUAUCUCCUCACCUGCAUCGCCUAUUUGAACAAUUCAAUCCUCAUCUAUAUUAACAUGUCUUCUCUGAAAGAUGACAACCAAAUGGCGGCCUAUUUCCUCAACCGUUUCAUCACGUUCAAUGCAUCCAAGGCUUCUACCAUUCGAUGCGCUCCCAACGACUGGAAAGCUCCCACUCUCCUCGAUCUCGCUGUUGCUGGGACAACUGACAAAUCCCAGGCGUUUCUUGUCUCUCGUGAGCUGAUGAAACAACUCGCAACCUAUACGGAGCACCCAGUCAUGUACUGCUUGGACGAGCACCAACACCUUUGGAAGCAGGGCGUCGAGAGCUCCUCAUUUGGCAUCUCAUUCACCAUUGAAUCUGGACCAUGCUCUGGCUCAAGAACCAUUCUGGUUGUCUCUGGUUCUGCACACUCUGCAUUCGAGAUGAACCUUCCUUCUGGCAUGUCAUCCUGGUUUCACAAGAUACUUCCUUUCAGCGCGGAGACAUUCAAAAUGGUUAUCCAAGAUGAGAAGAGCGGUCUUUCCAUCCAAGAGGAGUGGCGUUGUGACGACGAAUCAAUCGAGAGACUUGCAGAGAUCACUGGACGAUUGCCUCGAGAGUUACAAGAGAUGCACGAUCAGCAACACAAGUUCAAGACAGCAGAAGAUUUCCUCAACCACCGCAAGAUGCUGUACAACAACGAAGUCAACAAAUACUUGUCAACAAGCAACGAGAAGCAAAUCGGUGCCUACUAUCAGUUUAUGGACGCAUUCUUCUCACGAAUCGACAAGAUGGACAUGGCAUUUGCUCCUGCAUCUCUCUAUGACACUGGACUCAUCUACUUUGACCUUCGAGACAAUGUGUACCGUUCAAUAUGCAGAGGAGCAUUCCUGGCACUUCAUGAACACUAUUGGUCAUACCGACAAUUCCCAACAAUGUCAUCCCUUGGUCCCAAUGCCACUGGAGGGCAGUUUCAGAGAUUGGUUGAGAGAGCAUUCCAGAGACGCACAAGCACCGACCAAAUCAACGGAUUCUGUCUUCGCUUACCUAGUCCCAAACCAAAAAGAGGAAGACCAAAGGCGUCAGAGAAGUUCGAGUUCGAGAAGAUUGCCAUAUCAUUUCCAGUAGUCGACAGAACAGUAUAUAUCGAACAACGAGAUGGUCAGCUCGAUAUCCCAAAGCACUUUGGUAUGAACACACUCUACAUUCCAUCUUCCCCAACCUUUCCCUGUUGGGACUACAUACUCUUCAACCCCUCGACCAACACGAUCUACUUCGUUCAAGUAUCAUUGUCAACAUUCCAACAACAUGAAUCAAACAGUCCAAUAUUUCCAUCUUUCAACGACGACAUCAACAACUACACAAGCAUUGCCUCUGUCACGCAGGCAAUCACAGGAAAGAAGUGUUCAACCUCCAUCACUACUGAACAUGAACUCCAAUUUACCGCAGAUGAUGUCAAAGCCCAUUUCAUAUACAUCACUUGGUCAACCAAGGAGCAACAGCGCCCUCUCUACAAGAACAUCACCAUAUUUGACAAGGAGGCUUGUCGAACAGAACUUUCGAUUCAAUAG